GGCGGCGCGUGGUGCGCGUCCCCGCAGAGCUGCGCGGGGAGGGCGCGCACGCGCCUGGGGUCGACGGAGCACGCGCGCACAGCGGCGGAGAUGGUGGAUGCGCGGACUGGCGGCAUGAACGGCAUGCUCAGCUUCAAUAAGACCGUCAACCCUGCCUUCUACAACUGGAACGCCGUCUAUUUCAUCUACUGCGAUGGCGGCUCCUUCUCAGGCAACCAGGACGAGCCCGUUCGCUUCAAUGGCAUUCCGCUGUACAUGCGCGGAAGGAAAGUGGCGGACGCGCUGGUUAAGCACCUCAUGGAGAAGAAGGGGCUUGACCACGCUGAGAAGGUGGUUGUGACCGGGAGUUCGGCGGGAGGCGUGGCGGCGCUGCUGCACUGCGAUCGAGUGAGGGACACUCUCACAGCCGCCUCUCCUUCCAUGCACGUCCGCUGCCUUGCUGACGCUUCCAUGUUCCUUGACGUUCCAGAUUCCGACAACACCCAUAGGAUCGCAGCAUUCUUUUCUAAAGUGCAGACCAUGCAUAAUCUCACCAUCAGCCUCCCACCAGCGUGUGUCAAGGAGCGAGCGCUAGAGCAGCAUCAUCAGUGCUUCAUGGCCAACCAUAUUCUGCAGUACGUCACAACGCCUCUCUUCCUCAUCAACAGCAACUACGACAAAGUUGCGAUGAGGGCCAUUACACAACCAGAGGUGUUGGAUUCAGGAUUAACGGCCCCACCUGACUGCUUCGACCAUCUCAGCACCUGCACUGCCAAGGAGAAAAAAAUCUUUGAGGAUUACCGCAAGGCAGUGGCGAACGCAGUGGCACCUCUCGUGCACUCCACACCUGCCAACGCCGUCUUCCUCUUCUCCUGCUUUCAGCACGGCUCCAUUCACUCAGACGUCCCGUGGAUGAAGCGCACGGCCAAAGGCAUGCGGCUUCCGCUCCUGGUGGGAAGCGUGGUGGUGGCAGGGGCGGCAAGGGUGGCAGGGGUGGCGGAGGUGGCGGUGGAGGGAGCGGUGGUGGAGGCGGCGGGGGUGGUGGAGGUGGUGGGGGUGGACGUGGGGGUGGAGGCGGUGGGUGGGGUGGCGGCAGGACCGGGGGCGGUGGAGGCGGCGGCGGCGGCGGCGGUGGUGGGGGAGGAGGCAGCGGCAGUGGCGGUGGAGGUGGGAGUGGGGGUGGAUCUGGCCAGAAGGGCUUAG